GCCAGGGGAUGGCUGGUGCCUCAGACACCGAUGGAGAUGCGGAUGCCGCUCUGGUCUCCGUGAUGGGAUUCUCAGGAUUCGGAAAGAAAGCUCGGACAUUUGACUUUGAAGCAAUAUUUGAGCAAACGCGUCGUACAGCCAUCGAGAGGAGCCGCAGAGUCCGGGAGGAAGAGAACAAUGCCGGGAACGAGGAGCUGAGACACAGAACCAGGAGGUCUCCUUGUGACACAGACACUGACACAGACACGGGCAGUGACACAGACAGUGACAAAUCCCCCCUGGCACAGGAGCAAGAGAUCGGCCCUCCACUUCCCCCGGGGUACGGGGAAGCACAGAGCGACGAGGAGGCACAGAGCGACGAAGAGGCACAGAGCGACGAGGAGGAGGAGGACAUUGUGAAACGAAUUCCAGACUCUCACGAAAUCACACUGCAGCAUGGCAACAAAAACGUGUCGGCCCUGGCGCUAGACCCCUCUGGGGCACGGCUGGUCAGCGGAGGCUAUGACUAUGAGGUGAAGCUGUGGGAUUUCGCUGGGAUGGACUCGUCUGUGCAGGCGUUUCGAUGUCUGCAGCCGUGUGAAUGUCACCACAUUAAGGCCCUACAGUACAGUGUGACGGGGGACGUGAUUCUGUGUGUGGCCGGGAACGCUCAGGCCAAGGUGCUCGACCGAGACGGCUUCCAGGUCCUGGAGUGUGUGAAGGGGGAUCAGUACAUCGUGGACCAGGCCCGCACCAAGGGCCACACGGCCAUGUUGAACAGUGGCUGUUGGCACCCGAAGGUUAAAGAGGAAUUCCUAACCUGCUCCAACGACGGCACCCUCAGGACCUGGGACAUGAACAAUGAGAAGAGCCAGAAGAAUGUGUUUAAGCCGCGUUCCUGUCAGGGGAAGCGAGUGAUCCCCACGGCCUGCACAUACAGCAGGGACGGACGGCUGAUCGCAGCAGCAUGUCAGGAUGGCUCCAUCCAGAUCUGGGACAGGAACAUGAGU